AGUACUGUAAAGUCAGGAAGGCGCGUCAUGCAGCCUCCGGAGCAGAGAGGGAAAUGUUUUUAUAGCUCUCUGAAUCAGUGUAUUGUGCAGGAAUGAGGUCCCCCCUGCUGGCACAUCUUCUUCUCGCCCUGCUCCUGGCAGCAGGGAGAGAUGUCACAGGGGAGGAGCUGGACAGGAAGCCCAACUUUGUUCUGAUGAUGGUGGACGACCUGGGCAUCGGUGAUAUAGGAUGCUACGGUAAUGACACCAUCAGGACUCCUAACAUAGACAGACUUGCUUCUGAAGGGGUUAAGUUGACUCAGCACAUUGCAGCUGCUCCUCUCUGCACCCCAAGCCGUGCUGCUUUUAUGACAGGUCGCUACGCGUUCCGCUCAGGAUUGGGUAGCUUUGGCCGUGUGCAGGUGCUGCUGUUUCUUGCGGGUUCAGGGGGGCUGCCACCCAGUGAGACCACCUUUGCUAAGAGGCUGCAGCAACAAGGAUACACCACAGGCCUAGUGGGUAAGUGGCACCUGGGUGUGAACUGUGAACACAGAGGGGACCACUGCCACCAUCCGAACCAACAUGGCUUCAGCUACUACUACGGCUUACCGUUCACCCUGUUCAACAACUGUGUGCCUGGAGAGGGAAAUGAUGUCCUGGCAGACUUCGAGCGUACACUCCGAUAUCUGACCAUGAUGCUUGGGGUUGGACUUUUCACACUGGUGUGUGUCCGUGUGUGCGGCCUCCUAGAAGUCAGCCUGCGGCUCUUGGUAGCACUGUUCUUUCUCAGUUUCCUAGCAGUCGCUCUGUGGUAUGCUCCCUUUAUGCUCCUGCAGACUUGGAACUGCAUCAUCAUGAGGAACCAAGAGGUGAUCGAACAGCCAAUGACAGUAGAGACAUUGCCCGAGAGGCUGCUGGGAGAAGCACAAAACUUCAUAAAGAGGAAUGUUGAUCGUCCAUUCCUCCUCUUCUUAUCACUGAUCCAUACCCACAUACCACUCUUUACAACCCCCGCAUUUGCUGGCAAAAGUCGCCAUGGUCGCUAUGGUGAUAACCUAGAAGAAAUGGACUGGAUGAUUGGUAAAAUUACAGAGACGGUAGACUCCCUCGGCCUAGCCAACAAUACACUGAUGUACUUUACAUCAGACCAUGGUGGACAUCUAGAGAUUUCUGAUUCCAGAAGCGGCCAGAAAGGAGGCUGGAACGGCAUCUAUAAAGGUGGUAAAUCUAUGGGAGGCUGGGAGGGUGGGAUCAGAGUGCCUGGUAUUUUCCGCUGGCCUGGCAGACUAGCAGCUGGAAAAGUCGUGGACGAACCCACUAGCCUCAUGGAUCUGUAUCCAACACUGAAAUAUUUGGCCAAGGACACACAACCAGACAGACAAUUGGAUGGAUAUAACCUCAUGCCAGUGUUGGAGGGGAAGGUAGAGCGAUCAGAGCAUGAAUUCAUGUUUCACUACUGUGGAAUCUACCUCAAUGCAGUACGCUGGCACCCACCUGGCAGUGACUCCAUAUUCAAGGUGCACUUUUUCACUCCCAACUUUUCUCCCCCGGGAGCCGGUGGAUGCUACGACACAAAGGUUUGUCUGUGUCAUGGAAAAUUCGUGACAUAUCACAACCCACCACUGCUGUAUGACCUGUUCCACGAUCCCUCAGAGUCCCGCCCACUGUCCCCUGAUACUGAGCCACGAUACGCUGAAGUUCUUGAGCAGAUCGCCAAAGCUGUGGAGAGACAUCAGACUACCAUCCCAAACAAGCAGGUGUCUGAUGAUACUCCACAACCCAAUGCAGAUGAACCCAGCGUUGAAAGCCAGAUGACAUGGAACAAGAUUCUGUGGAGACCCUGGCUUCAGCCCUGCUGUGGGACUUUUCCAUUCUGCGGCUGCAAAGAGAACACAACGCAUAUUUAAGGGAAAAAAUCCACCAGACAGUCUUAAAUAAUUGACAAAGAACAGCCUGGAUUUGGUAAAGCUCGUCUUGCAGCUACAACAGGGUUUCACUUUUUCUCAAGAAUUGUUCAGGGUGCAUUCAUGAGCUCUCACCAUUCCAAUACUCCAGAGUAUUUCAAUGAUGUGACUUGAAAAUGUUUGGCUGCAGGCAUGCAAAGUUGUCACCUUUUGGUAAAAUUUGACAUUUGAAUCUAAAAUAGGUCACCUACAUUAUUUGUGUAGAUCCCCUGAGUUUUUGAAAUUUGAGCCGGGGGGUCUGGGUCUAUGAGGAUAGAGUGAUGAGGAAUUAAAUGAGUUUCUGAGUUAUGGAAAAAAAAAGAAAUAAGCUUCUGGCACCUGAGCCGGCCUUAAGGUAAUAACCUCUUACAGUAGCAAAACAGAUGAUAACCUUAGUUGGUUUGUAUAUGUCAAGCUUAGCCUGAUUAGGACGAGUUGUUCUGAUUUAGAAUUAGCCAUCACAAUUUGGAUUUAACAUUAGGCGAUAGCCUUAUCCUUAUUCCCAUUGAGUGUAAAGUUAGCUAGCUUGUUAUUCCAAAUUCCACUCGUUCACCAACGUUACCAUUUUGCAAACAAAUACAACAUAAGUUGAGCUCCUCAGCCAAAGUGCCAACUAACAAUGCUAGUGUUAGCCCCUAAUGGUUCCUUUUUCUUUAUGCUAAGAUAAUAUUAGCCAGGCUAACACUGACAUAACAUGAUGCAAUAGUGUAGAUAUUUAGCUAACAUGCAAUUACACAACCCCAUCUAGGUUUACGCCUGGCAGAGACAAAUAUGCACAAUUUAUGUAAAAAUAUACUGUAUAUUAGACUUUUUACAUGCCGUAUCUAUAUAUUCAGUGAGAAAAGGGGAGCACAGAGGAAUGCAAUUAAACAUAAUCAAACACUACCACAAACUACAGCCUAAAAAUAUAGCGGUUGAAUUAACAAAUUGAAUGAAGAUGUUCUGUUUAUAUAGCAAAACUAUAAUGACAAAAUUGUGCGCGUAAAUUCAAGAUGGGUGGUAACAUCUGUGAUCACUUACUUAACUUGAACUACAGUAUGUGAAUUGAAUGUUCAUUAUCUGGUUCCAUUUCAGAGUGAGAGAAUUCAGGGAGAAAGAAUCUGCUUUCAAAGGAGAUUGACGCAGGUGUGAGAUUUUUUCGUACAAGCCCUGAACUGAUGCCCCUUACUUUACUUUUAUAGCAGUAAGAUAACAUUAAUUCUAAAAUAGGUCACCUACUGUAAACUGUAAAUCCACAUGUUAAAGGUGAUAUUUCAGAAAAAUGAUUUCGUCACAUUUUCACCCCUGACGAGUUUGCAUGCCUGUUUGCCUACAGACGGUGUAAAAUCUUGGAUUUCCAUCAAGUCAUUACUUGCAUUUAGAAGCUUUAUUUAAUCUGAAAUUUAAGUUGAUUGCACAAUGCAAUUAAUUGUGGUUUGAUUAAGAUAGAAAUCUUAAAAAAAGAUUUCUCAAUUAAUCAAGCAAUUGAUCACUUAUUUGUCACAUGAAGUCAUACCAGGUCUAACUCCAGUGAAAUGCAAUCCAGUCAGCACUCUGAACUUGUAUAUUGCAGUUCAGUCCUUUGUUGUCUCUUCUUUCAUCACUGGCAGCUGCUUUAUAAUUGUCCAUGUUUUCAGACGAGCUGCUGUACGUGCGUUUAUGGCAUUCAGAUUUGUUUUAGUAAUCUAUGGUUUCUGGUGGUGAGAUUUUUUAACUGUAGUUUUGGGUACAGUUGCCUUUGUUGUUGUACAAAUUAAAUCCACAACAGACUCAGUGAAUUCAUUUAUAUCAUCUGUGACGUUUACAGAGGUGUCCUGGAACGUGCUCCAGUAUUUAAAAUGAAGAUCAACAAUAAGACACCUUCAAAACUGAAACCAAAUAUCACUGAAACCGAUCAAAAUUACAAUGAAGAUUAAACAAUGCAAUGACGAUACUGUAACAGGGAUAAGUGCGUUAUUACACUGUAAACUUGCAAUAGAGCCAAAAAAAGUCUUUGCAAACAUGAAGGGGAAGUCAGAUGUUUACACGUGUGUCAUUCAUCACGUGAAGGACCUUGUCAGUUGGUGCUCCUAUUUCGUGCAAUAAUAAAGUCAGUGCUUUAAGGAUGACACAAUAAAAUGUACAUUCCA